AUGGACGGCGUGAUCAAGAGUGUCGGCUCAAAGUGGGCUUCUUUAUGGGCUUCGAAUGGGCUUCGAAUGGGCCUUCUCUUCUCUUCUCUUUCUGAUGCUCAGGAUCGGGGUGGUGGUCGAGUAGGUUGGUUGACAGAAUGGUCUAGGCUGCUUCUUGGCCUCUGUGAUCGAGUAAGUGUGUCAGUUGUCAGGAUGGACUGGUUCUUCUCCUCUCCGAUCGAGUAUAACUGGUGGACUGGCAAAGUGGACUGCCUGAAUGGACUGCCUGGUCUACUCUGCGAUCGAUUAGAAGUGUCUGGAUGGACUGCUGAGCUGACUGCUUCCCUCUCUGCUACUGGUGAUCGAAAUGUAUGCAAGACUAGUCCUAGACUCGACCAAAGAUGCAAAAUGUACAAAAAUGAUGGUGAAUGCUAUGAAAGAUGGAUGAAACUAGACUCAAAAGAAAUGGUGGUUCAAGUUUAG